CCUGAGCUUCUGGGAUUUAUUGUAACAUUGCUUUGGUUCCCAGAGGCUCAUGGGCAGGAAGAACCAGACAUGGAUGAGUGAGUUCUUUUUGCUGGGGCUGUCCAGUGACUGGGGGACACAGGUGUUCCUCUUUGUACUGUUUCUGGCCAUGUACCUGGUGACUGUGUUGGGGAACUCCCUCAUCAUCCUCCUCAUCAGACUGGACAGCAGGCUCCACAUCCCGAUGUACUUCUUCCUCAGUGUCCUGUCCUUCGUGGACAUUUGCUACACCAACAGCACUGUCCCUCAGAUGCUGGUCCACUUCCUGUCAGACUGCAAGUCCAUCCCAUUCCACAGCUGCAUGCUCCAGCUGUACACCUCUCUGGCAAUGGGCAGCACAGAGUUCUUCCUGCUGGGAGCCAUGGCCUAUGACCGCUUUGUGGCUGUGUGUCACCCCCUGCACUACAUGGUUAUCAUGCAUGAUGGGCUGUGUUUGGUGCUGGCCUCUGGCUGCCUGGUGGCUGGCUUUGCCAACUCACUGUUGCAGACCAUCCUUAUCUUCAAGUUGCCCUUUUGCCAUAAUGUUAUCAAUCACUUUGCCUGUGAGAUGCUGGCUAUGCUAAGGCUGACCUGUGUGGACAUCUCCUUCAACAAGGUCAUGGUGGCCAUCUCUGGAUUCCUGGUGAUCAUGCUUCCCUGCUUCCUGGUUCUGUUCUCCUACACUGGAAUAGUGGCUGCAAUCCUGCGCAUUCGCUCAGCUCAGGGACGGAGAAAAGCCUUCAGGACCUGUGCCUCCCAUCUUACUGUGGUCUCCAUGUGCUUUGGGACGGCCAUCUCUACCUACAUGAGGCCUGAGGCUGGCUCCUCGGCAGAACAGGAGAAGAUGGUAGCCCUCUUCUAUGCCGUGGUGACUCCCAUGCUGAAUCCCUUGAUCUACAGCUUGAGGAACAAGGAGGUGAUGAGUGCCCUACGAAGAGUGUUGGGAAAACUUGGUGAAGAAAACUCAAAAAAGUUCUCCCUUUCUCCAGCUGGACAAAGAAAGACAUUCUAAACAAAGAAGAAUCGAUUGAUAUGACCAUUCUCCUCAUAGUGUUGACACUGUAGACCAG